AUGGCUGCAAAUCAUCAAGCCCUGACGACGGCGAAUUCGACGACGAUCGGAAACAGAGGAAAGAAGACGAAUUACAAUAAAGCGUAUUCGACGAAAAAAAGAUGUUCUUCGAUACUCAUCAGAGCAUCGUCCUCGGUUUCUCCAACAUCCACGGCAGCAAAAGCCGCCGCUUCAGACGACGAGUGGAAAAAGCUCGGCCAAGUCUGCGCCGUUCUCGGCUCGCAAUGGGGAGACGAAGGCAAAGGGAAGUUGGUGGAUAUUUUAGCCCGAGAGUACGAGGUGGUGUGCAGAUGUCAAGGCGGGGCGAACGCGGGACACACGAUUUACGACGACGAAGGGAAAAAAUACGCGUUACAUUUAGUCCCGUCGGGGAUUUUGAAUAAAAAAGCCCUGUGCGUGGUUGGUAACGGAGUCGUUGUCCAUUUACCCGGGAUGUUUGAAGAGCUGGACGCGUUGGAGAAAGUCGGCGUAGACUGCGCGGGGAGAAUGAUCGUCUCCGAUCGAGCGCACUUAUUGUUCGAGUUACACAAAGAAGUGGACGGGUUACGAGAAGCCGAGUUGAGCGGGAACAUGAUUGGAACGACGAAGAGAGGUAUCGGUCCAGCGUACGCGUCGAAAGCGACGAGAAACGGGAUCCGAGUCGGCGACAUCAAAAACAUGGAGACGUUCGCGGAAAAGUUGAAAGCGUUAGCGGCGGAUGCGGGGAAGCGAUUCGAUGGGUUUGAAUACGACGUGGACGCGGAGAUUGAACGGUAUGGGAAAAUCCGAGAGAGGAUUUUGCCGUUCAUCGCGGAUACGGUGGAGAUUGUCAACCAAGCGCACGCGGAUAAGAAGAAAAUUUUGGUCGAAGGCGCGAACGCGACGAUGUUGGAUUUGGAUUUUGGCACGUAUCCGUUCGUGACAUCAUCGAAUCCGAGCUUAGGUGGGGUAUGCUCCGGUCUCGGUUUGGCACCGAACAAGUUUGAAACCAUCAUCGGCGUCGCCAAAGCGUACACGACGAGAGUCGGAAGCGGACCGUACCCGACCGAGUUGUUUGGCGAUUUGGCGGAAGAUUUGAGAGCGAUUGGGUACGAGUACGGAACAACCACGGGAAGACCGAGACGUAUUGGAUGGUUGGAUAUGGUCGCGUUAAACUUUGCGAGUAAAAUUAAUGGAUUCACGCAUUUGAACAUUACCAAGUUGGAUUGUUUGAGCGAGUUGGAUGAAAUUAAAAUCGGCGUCGCGUACAAGUUACAAGACGGUACGGUCACGACGGCGUUUCCAGCCUCGAUCGAGGAGUUGGAAAAGGUUGAAGUUGUCUACGAGACCUUGCCGGGUUGGAACUCUGAUAUUUCUGGAGUGAGAGACUGGAAGGAUAUGCCGGAAAAUGCGAAGAAGUACGUGCAAAGAGUCGAGGAGUUGUCGGGCGGCGUCGAGUGUAGAUUUAUCGGCGUCGGACCGGGCAGAGACGCCAUCGUGAUCAAACCUUAA